UGAAUGCAGGAGAUGUGUGUGACGGCUUCUGUGUGAUUGGUUGUCAAGGGUGCUGUAUUAGUUUAGUACCGCGCUGAAUGGAGGAGCAAUGCUCGCCCGAAAGAGUUUGUAGUCUGUAUGAAUAGCCUACUAUUUUUUAAUUUCCCAAUCUUUUUGGGCUCGCGUCUGUUUUAACGUAGCCUAGGCUAUAUAUCGAAACCUGGGCUGAAGUUAAAGGUUACAGAGGAGCACUUUCCGUCCGGUGAGGUGCUAUGGCUGAUCAGUUUUGCAGCUGUUCGCCGUGAGCAUCGUGUGAUCUGCCCUGCGGUGGAUUGUCCAACAUCCAAGAUGUCCCAGUCGUCCACCGCUGAUGAGGGUACAACCUUUGAACACUUGUGGAGUACCCUCGAGCCAGACAGCACAUAUUUUGAGCUUCCUCAGGCAGGACACUCGGGGGACAGGGUGGCUUCCAGCAGCCUGCCCAGCAACCGCGCUGAAGUCUGCAUGGACGUCUACCACAUGAGAGACAUGAGAGACAUGAACGACAACGUCAUGUCUCAGUACAGCCUACUGAGCAGCAGUAUGGAACAAGGUUUGGGGAACAGAGCAGCGUCUACCAGUCCCUACAGCUCAGAGACCACCUCCAACGUGCCAACGCCGUCACCCUACUCCCAGCCAAACUCGACCUUCGAGGCCAUGUCUCCAGCCCCGGCCAUCCCAUCCAACACUGACUACCCCGGGCCGCACAACUUCGAGGUCACCUUCCAGCAGUCGAGCACCGCCAAGUCAGCCACCUGGACGUACUCUCCGUUGCUCAAAAAGCUGUACUGUCAGAUCGCCAAGACCUGUCCGAUUCAGAUCAAACUGGCUUCCUCGCCCCCAAACGGCAGCGUGAUACGAGCCAUGCCCAUCUACAAGAAAGCCGAACACGUCACAGAGGUGGUCAAACGGUGUCCUAACCAUGAACUCGGACGGGACUUCAAUGAAAGUCAGACAGCUCCUGCCAGUCACUUGAUACGGGUGGAGGGCAAUAAUCUGUGUCAGUAUGUGGAUGAUCCUGUGACCGGCCGACAGAGCGCUCUCGUUCCGUAUGAGGCUCCACAGGUGGGGACUGAGUUCACAACCAUUCUGUAUAAUUUCAUGUGCAACAGCAGUUGUGUCGGUGGAAUGAACCGCAGACCCAUCCUCAUCAUCAUCACGCUGGAGACACGAGACGGACAGGUUCUCGGCAGGCGUUCGUUUGAGGGCCGGAUUUGUGCCUGUCCCGGUCGAGACCGCAAAGCAGACGAGGAUCAUUUCAGGGAGCAACAGGCUCUAAAUGACAGCGUGGCCAAAAAUGGAAAUGCCAAUAAACGAAAUUUCAAACAGACUCCAGCCAACAUUACAGGCCCUUCCAUCAACAUCAAGAAGAGGCGACAUGGAGAAGAGGAGAUGUAUUACAUACCGGUGCGAGGCCGGGAAAACUUUGACAUCCUGAUGAAGAUAAAGGACAGUUUGGAACUUGUGGAGUAUGUACCACAACAUUUUGUGGAUUCAUACAGACAACAACAACAGCAGCUCCUACAGAGACAGAGUCAUGUUGCCUCUCCGUCUCCAUAUGGCACACUCAAUAACAUGAAUAAGAUCCACGGGCCCAUCAGCAAGCUUCCCUCAAUGAAUCAGCUCGUGACACAGCAGACUCAGCAGAGCGCAGGACCCUCUGCAUCCAUGUCACAUAUGGGUACGAACAUGCUGGGUGGACACCACAUGCAGUCGAACGGCGAUGUGAAUGGAGCUCAUGCGUCUCAGUCUCUAGUAUCCACCUCUCACUGUACCCCUCCCCCACCUUACAACCCCGACCCCAGCCUCGUCAGUUUCUUAACCAGCCUGGGCUGCCAAAACUGCAUCGACUACUUCACAUCUCAGGGACUCCAGAGUGUCUACCACCUUCAGACUCUUUCCAUGGAGGACCUUGGUGCUCUGAAGAUCCCUGAGCAGUUCCGGAUGGCGAUCUGGAGGGGCCUGCAGGACAUGAAGCAGGGCCACGAUUACGGCCAGCAGCUCAUCCGCUCCAGCAGUAACAUGGCCACCAUGGCCAUCGGCGGCGGAGGAGAGCUGCAGCGGCAGCGCGUCAUGGAGGCCGUGCACUUCAGAGUGCGGCACACCAUCACCAUCCCCAACCGCGGCCCCACGGGAGCGGAGGAGUGGGCCGACUUCGGCUUUGACAUGCCCGACUGCAGGAUACACAAGCACUCCAUUAAGGAGGAGUUCGCAGAAAGCGACGUUCGCUGAGAAGGACUGAGGAUCCAUCGCUUUCCAGGCAUCGUCCGUAUUGAUUUCUUUAAACUGCAGUGGACAGUUUGCAUUUCCAUAUAGUAGCACUUCCAUAUUUGACAACAAGGGAUUUGAGGAGUAAAAAAAUUCGCUUUUGUGAAGACCAGGGUUCAAAUGAAUCAUUUUAUUUGAUUGAUUUGUCAUUUGUGGCCUUAUGCUAAUAUCACAUCACACAAAAAAUUAUCCAUUAGCUAAAACAAAUGAUAUUAUUAGGACGUAGUUAUGAACAGUUAAAAGCAGUGUAUGAUUUCAGAACAUUGCCUUAUUUAUUUCGGCUUGGUGUAAAUAAUAAUUGUGCAAUCAUGUAUUGAAUUACGUGUGAAGUAAUGCCCGAAGAUCAAGUGGAUGCUUGACCCACAAAAUCAUACUUUAUAUUUACUUAUUUUGAAAAAGGCAGGUUUAUCGAAGCCAGACGUGUACAACUAGAUCAAAAAGCACUCUGUAUUGAAUUAUUUUCUCAUUAUAAGUUAUACAUAUAAUUAGUUCAUUUUUCAUCAAAGUUUUACAAUAACAUUGAUGAAAACAACACCAUAAAAUGAAUUUAAUUUUAAAUUAGCAUUAUUUUAUUUUUAUUUUUUUGAAAGUGGUGCUUUACACUGCAAUUUUUUUUUUUUUUGAUGAAUUAUGUGUUGAGUAUUAUGUUAUUGACAGGGAGACACUGGAUCAUCAUAAGGGUUGUCAGAAUUUUAAAGUUUUGUGGUAUUAGCCUUGCAGGACAAGGUUUUAUUUAUCAUGCUGUACUGAUAUAAUGUCUAUUUUUCCUUUAGCAUAUGUAAUCACUGUCUUGUUAGUUUGUUUUAAAUGUCUCUAAAGUUAUGAUGUUUUUAUGUAAUAGUAAAAUUAUGGCUCAGCCAAGGUAUUAAGGUGACAUUUCAUCCCCAAAUUGCAUAUAUAUAUAUAUACAUACACAUUAUGAUUUUUACAUUAUGAUUUUAUGAGAAUGUAAAUGCAUUUUUUUAAAAAAAGGAAAUGUAUUAAAAAAAAUGAACAAAGCACAACAAAUAAGAAUUUUGGAAUAAAUGUGCUAAAUUAUAAACAAAAACAAAAACAAAUUGGUCUUUAAACUAAAUAUUAUUAUUUAUUAUUUUAUUUUUUGGGGGGCUGAAAAAAAAGGAUAAACCUGGAUAUAAUUUUGUGAGUUUCACCUCUGCAACACAAAGGAACACAAACUAUGUACUAUUUAAAACACAAACUCCACUUUAAUAUCACUUUUAAUAUUGCUAGUACUAAGACGAGGACAAAGUUUGAAGUAAUUUUGUUCAGCAGACCCAACACAAUUAUUUUGGUCUUGUUUAGGUGAAAAAUACUAGAGGAAAGCAGGAAAGUGUUUCAGACAGUGCCGUCAUCCAGGAACAUUGUCUCCUGUGGUAUAUAUAUUACACCCACAAAGUCUGUGUAUGAAGCUGAACUAAGGGCCGUCUUGAACAUUAAUGAUUUGGUGGAUUGCAUGUAGUCAGAGGUACAAAUGUCACCUUUAUUUAACAGCAAAUGCAUUUGUAAAUAACUAGCGUUACCCAUAUAACUCCUUGUUGUUCAUGUGAUAAGAACAGCACAUUUUAAACUGGGUCCCAGGAGGUUAAUCGAGGAAAAACUGCUGUUUUAAAUUGGCUGUGAUGGUGAAAUACCAUCAUAUAGAUCAAAGCACUUUAUGGCUUUAGGAUAUUGUAAACAAUGUUAUAUUCACAGUUAAUAUCAGUCAGUAUUAUGUCAUGCUGUGUCAUUUUGACAACUACAGAUUUUAGAAAUGUUUUUAAGAGUUAUCUUGUGUUUUCAUUAAAGAGCUGUAACGCUGUUUCUUUUUUAUAUUGCCACGUUUGAAUGAUGUAAAGUGAUUUCUUUUUCAAAUAAAUACUAAA